AUCGUGGGGCACUGCAAAGCGGCGAGAAAGGGUCCUUCUUAGCACUAGCGCGCUCGUGUUAAAGUCCGACAGGGAUAUAAACCCCCCCUCGCCUUUUUUUUCUCUUUCACCGCGUUCACUUUUUCCCGCUUUCUUUUCGCGGACGCGCCGCACCUUGCUCUGCACACCAGGUGUUUGUUCCGUUAAAGAAAGGUGAUUUUUCCCGCGCCGCAUGGGGACCCUCACCGGAUUUUUCACCGAGCAAACAAAUACUUGCCAAUCGCGCCAGCGAGAUGACAUGCCCGCAUCCGUCUUUCCGCAUUUCCCUACUCACUUUCGCUUAACCUUUAAAGUGGAUUUAUGAUGGGGCGGGGCCUCGCAAUAUAUUCACCGUUCAAUAGCGAGCCUUUUUCGCGCCGCAUGGUUUGAAGAGGGCAAGCAGAGGUCUUCUUGCCGCGGGUAAAGAGCCGAACUGACGCAGCGACCCCCACUCGCGCGUGACGCACGAGCGGAUAGGAACAUCCCGAAGAGAAAAAAAAUGCUAACGUAGACUACUAUGGACGUGAGAUAUGAGGGCAAGCAACUCUGGAAACGCGUCACAAACUAUUUCAGCAGGGAUUACCAAAAGGGGGAUGAAACAGGCACACUGAUAAAUGGCAACAGGCACAACAGCAACGACGAAAAUAGAAGGGUGAAGACAAGGACGCUAAACUUUAUGGCCUCGUCCGCCCUAGUUUUGUGUGUGCUGCACCCCUUGGACAUCAUAAGAACGAGGAAGCAGAUAUACAGAGUGUACAAGAAUUCCUACCCCUAUUACUAUAACAAUAGAUACAAUUUGUUCUACAUUUUGAAAAAAGAAAAAGUAGAAAGCAUUUAUCGUGGCUUACUGGCUACCUUGCUCACCACGGGGGUCUCCCAUGGCAUAUUCCGCUUUACAUAUGACACUCUCAAUUAUUACGUAUUUAGGCAGUUCAACGAUGUUAAUGGGGUGAAAAAUAAAGAAGACGAUGCCGCGAUGGGUGGAAGUGAGGGGAAGCACCUAGGGGGAGAGCCAAACCAGGUGUGCAACGCGGAGUUGGGAGAUGCCCUCGGAGGGAAGGCAAUAGAAAGUUCAAGGGGCGGUAGAGAAAUAUCAUCAGAAAGCCCCAAUUUUGUAAAAAGUACUACCGAAAGAAGACAGGACAACUUCAUGAUCGCCAAUCUGUCUCAUAAAAAGCAAAUUAGCGAGGAAGACAGCGCUACAGAUAGGGUCAAGAAAGACGCACCAAUUAGCGGUGGCAAAAAUAUGAAUUAUUACAUCAUCACGAGCAGCGUGAGCUCCAUCAUUAGUGUUUUUAUUCUACACCCAAUAUGGCUUAUUAAAACGAAAAUAGAGUGCACCAUAAAUUUAAACUACAAAUUUUUAAACUACAAAAGUAGGAUAACGAGCAAACAUUACAACAUCUUUGUGGCAAGGAAUAAACUGUGUGCGAGUAAAAUUGCCCCCAAAGUGGCCAAAGUGUUCCUUUUUUUUGGCUAUCAUUUGGGGAGGAAAAAUGGGACAGGCAAAAAAAUCAAAUCUUUCCUGAAUGACGAUAUGCUCAAGUUUUAUAGGAACAAUUUUGUGUGCAAUAAAAAAGUGAAGACAAAAAAAAAGUUCAACCAUCUCACAUUUGCAAAUGAUAAGAAAGGAUCUUUACACAAAAGCGUAAAAAGAAAAAUUGCACACAACUAUUUAUUGUACAAAUAUUACACCUUGUCAAUUUUGGAGAGAAAACAAAUGACGAAAAUGUCAAUUUCAAAUCACCGCAAAAAAUUUUCGCGCAGAUAUUUGACAUAUUUGAAAACCUUCCUCAGUGGUAAUCAAAUAUUGCGGAUUUUUAAAAGGGAAGAAAGUAAAAAUGCCAUAAGUACCAUUUAUAAUUACAAAAAUUACUUCCAAUUUGUGUAUAAUAUAUAUAAGAAAGAAAAAUUAUUUUCAUUUUACAAAGGCUUUUUAACAUCCAUAUUGCUCACCCCACAUGUAGCCAUUCAGUUUUAUACAUAUGAAUAUUUAACCUAUCAUUUUAGUUGCGAAUAUUUCAGAAAUGAGUUCAUCGGAAGGGAUACCCACAUUUCUUCAAACACGCUAGCCAAAACGUUGCCAUUUUUGUAUGGCGUUUUGUCAAAAUUUAUUGCUGUCAUGUUUACCUAUCCGUUGUACACUAUAAAAAUGAGGCAACAGGUGCAGAUGAAAAAUUAUGGCUUCCUAAAUGUGGUAGUUAAUAUUUUCAGGCUAGAAGGAAUCAGAUCUUUCUAUACUGGCUUUAAUAUGCAUUUACUAAGGAACUGUUUGCAAAAUGGAAUGCUCUUUUUUAUAUUUGAAUAUUUGAAUGCUGGCUCCGCGAGGGUGAAGUGA